GAAGGAGCGGUGUCCAAGCGAAAACAAUAUGGCGGCCUACGAGUGGGUUGCCCGCACCAGGAGAUAUGAAAAGGAGAAAAACGUGCUUCCGAGUGAGGCAGCACACGAUCACCCACUGAAACUAGGUUCUGUUAUUAACGUUGAUAACACUCGCAAAAAAUCAAGUGCUUCUUCUGAUAGUUCAUCUAAAAGUGCUCCUGCUGCUGAUCCUUUGAGCUUCAUCCAAGCAAAACCUGAUACGUUUGAUGGGCUGGAUCCAUUGUCAAUGUUCGCUGCUCAGGAAGCCAGUACAAAGAAAACCACACCCAGUUCUACACCAGGGUCAAAGAAAGAACAGUCAUCAUCUAUAUCUAAUGAAGACACAAGCAAAAGUAGCUUUGAACCAUGGCUCAACAAGAGAUUAGGGAUCCUUGCUAAAUAUACAACCUCUCAAAAACUGUCCAUUACCACGAGUUUCUUGUCAUCAUCUGAAAAAUCUGAAAAAAUGGUUAUCAAGCAGCAAACAACGGUCGCAGAUAAAGUCAAGCACAGACUAGAACAAUUAGAUGACUUUGAAGAUGGCUCAAUCAAGGAAAUGCUGAAUCUGAGUCAACAGGAUUACGUUAAGAGAAUCGAAGAAUUAAACCAGGCCUUAAUCACAGCUUGGGAAUCAGAUCAGAGAGUGAAAGCUCUCAAGAUUGCUAUUCAGUGUGCAAAGCUUCUUGCUGAUGUGUCUGUAAUUCAGUUCUACCCAAGCAAGUUUGUGCUUGUGACUGACAUACUGGACACAUUUGGGAAGCUUGUGUAUGAGAGAAUUUUCCGCAAAUCAAGCACCUUUACACCCGGCAGCAAUAUUCCCACUAUGCUUCCAGAAAACUUUACACCUGACCAGGUUCCAGACUCUGCUAAGGAAACUUGUCGGAACUGGUUUUACAAGAUUGCUUCCGUGAGAGAACUUAUUCCACGGUUCUAUGUGGAGACAGCAAUAUUGAAAUGCUAUAAUUUCUUUACAACUGGUGAGUUUUCACAAGCUCUUGUUCGCCUCACCAAAAUGAUACGAGGUAUUGGUGACCCUCUGGUUGCAGUGUAUGCAAGAACUUACAUCUGUAGGGUUGGUAUCCUUGUGGCACCUGAUGUGUGUGACCAUUUGAUUGAAAACUUGUUCAGUUUCAUAGUCAGCUACAAACAGCUUCAAGGUGAUACAGUGCAGAACAUUCUGGCAGAGCAGAGGCUUGAAAUGCCCCAGUACCUUCAGUUGUAUCCCCCAGCUCUGGACUGGAUCCUACAGUGUGUUGCACAGAAAAGCCCAGAGUCAACACUCACAGAUAUCUUAAAUCGUUGCAAAAAAGAAUGCAACAGUGCACUACUGCUGAACUCAAUUAUCACAGCAUUUAAGUCAGAAUACAUCGCCGAGAGGGCUCUGCAGUUUACUGAACUGAUCAGGAAUUGUGAGGAGGCAGGAUUCCCAAAGCAUCACCUGUACAAAUCACUUGGAAUGAACUUAAGCCUGUGUGAUCCACCUGAAGCACAGAGACUACAGAUUCUUAGCGAGGUUUGGAAGGUUGUAAUGAAAAUGAAACAUCCACCGGACUACAUAGCCUGUGCAGAGGCCUGGAUAGAGUACGUUUGUAAAAACUUCACGAAACGCGAGGUUAAUACCCUCAUCGGAGACGUUAUCAAGCAUAUGACACCGGAAAGGGCAUUUGAACAACACUACCCUCAGCUUCAGUCGAUCAUUUCCAAAGUAUUAGAUCACAUGCACGACUUCUCUGUACUUGUAUCAAUGGAUAAGUUUCUUCCUUUCUUGGACAUGUUCCAAAAAGAAUCAAUAAAAGUGGAUGUUUGCAAACUGAUCCUGGAAGCUUUUGUGAAAUACCAAGAGGAACCUACAAAUGACCCUGUAGUUGUGAACGCUUUGCUGUACGUUUGUAAAACGAUGCACGACUCUGUAAAUGCAUUGACCUUGAUAGAUGAGAGAAGAGUCAUCGGUCAUCUAAUCACAGGAUUCCUGCGUAAGAUUGACUUUGGCCGUGAUUUUGAGAGGCAACUGGAUUCUUAUGUGGAUGCACGUUCCUCUUUCUCAAGUCUAGAAACAGUUCUUGUUAUGCUUGUUGAGAGUGUUAAUCUUCUCGCUAUGAGGACUCGAGAAGUAGUAAAAGGGAACCACACUCGAAAGACUGCGGCCUUCAUCAGAGCUUGUGUGGCGUUCUGUUUCAUUACCAUCCCCUCCAUAGAUGACGUUUUCACUCGCCUCAAGCUCUACCUCCACUCUGGACAGGUUGCCCUGGCAAAUCAAGCCCUCAGUCAAGCGGAUGCAUUUUUCGGAGCGGCCAUUAGUCUUGUUGCUGAUGUGCCUCGAACGAUCGAAAUUGACCACAAGGUGAAAUCUUCGGAGUCAUACUUACUUGCCUACAUGAACAAUUUUUUCUCUACCUUGUUGGUAGUACCGGACUCGCCGGAUCAAGGUGCGUUGUAUCUUGUUCGAAGCCUGCUUAAUGUUGUACAGGAGUACACUUGGGAAUUAAACAGCGGCGCCAAAAUGAGUAUUUACCUAAAUGCCGUCAGUCUUCUCUCCGCCAUGAGUCAGGAAUAUUUCUUAUAUCAUGCUGAUAAAGUGGAUUCGAACGACAGAUUGUACGGUUGUGAUAAGAAAUUUCUGGCAGAGAUAAAUCGACUAGUUUCUACUCUAAUAGAAGCAGUGUUUGAACACCUAAAGUCAUUGACCUCCGAAGAGGAGCUCAAAAAGCAGGCCGCUAUAGCUAUCGGGUUCUUCAACAGGCUGUUAUGUCAUGCUGAUCUCUCACGACCUCAGCUAGCUACCUUGGCCCUUAAUUUGUGGAAUCUCGCUCAGAAACAUGGCUACGGAAAUACCAAAUACACAAUACGCACACUGGAGUACGUCAAACAGAAAGGUUCCUCUGGACACAAGGAAUAUGCGGCCAUUGCACAGAAAAUGAUUAUACAGACAAAAAUGUGACGUUCCUCCGUCCUAGGUUUUAUUCCAUGACUCAUAGUAUAAUUACUGAUAAGAAAUUAUGGUGUUAUUUUAGAGAAUUAUUACAGCUUCAUAAACAGAUGAUGGCAAAUGAAACUUAGAGCUUGUCCCCAUGGAUGGAGCCGUACAUGAUAUACCCAACUGAAUUCGACUUACCAGAAAAUACUGGGCUUUAUUAUCCAACUGUGCCUCGCAGAGUACAAAUAACGCACGAGACGAGUACAAAUAUCAAGAAAUAUCCGCGAAAU